CUUUUCAAUAGUGUAUUUCCUAAAUAUCUUUAAACUAGAAGACAAAUCCCUCCCAACUCUCGAGAACCCAUAUAAAUUUCCUCCAUUAACUUCAGCCAUGGUGGCUCUCUAAUGGUCGAAUCGUCUAUCUAGGUUGAAAUCACUGAUACCCACCGCGAAAACCAACUAAAAGAUUCGAUCUUGGGCCGUAAAUCUCGAAUCCGGUGAGAUGGGCAAAGUAGCUGUGGCGGCGACGGUGGUCUGCACGGCGGCGGUGUGCGCCGCCGCCGUUCUGUUGGUGAGGCGGCGGAUGAGGAGCUCCGGCAAGUGGGCCGCGGCGGAGGCUGUUCUGAGGGAGCUGGAGGAGAAGUGCGCCACUCCCACCGCCAAGCUCCGCCGCGUGGCCGAUGCUAUGAUGGUGGAGAUGCACGCCGGCCUCGCAAUCGAGGGCGGCAGCAAGCUCAAGAUGCUCAUCAGCUACGUGGAUAACCUCCCCACAGGGAAUGAAAAGGGAUUGUUCUAUGCAUUGGACCUUGGUGGAACAAACUUCCGUGUUAUGCGAGUCCAGUUAGGUGGCAAAGACAAUCCAAUCAAGCAGGAGUUUGAUGAAGUAUCGAUUCCUCCACAACUGAUGACAAGUUCAUGUAAUGAACUAUUUGAUUUCAUUGCCGAGGCACUAGCAAAAUUUGUUGCUACAGAAGGCGAUGACUUUCAUCUUCCACCCGGAAGGCAAAGGGAGCUUGGUUUCACCUUUUCCUUUCCAGUUCGACAAUUAUCGUUAGCAUCAGGAACCCUAAUCAACUGGACGAAAGGCUUCCUUAUCGAAGAUGCGAUCGGACAAGAUGUCGUUGCAGAGCUAACGAAAGCAAUGGAAAGAGUUGGUCUUGAUAUGCGUGUGACUGCAUUGGUCAAUGAUACCGUUGGAACCUUAGCUGGAGGACGAUACACCAAUCCGGAUGUCGUUGCUGCUGUGAUCCUUGGGACGGGAACUAAUGCUGCUUAUGUCGAACGGGCACAUGCAAUUCCAAAAUGGCAGGGUCUGCUACCUAAAAGCGGAGAAAUGGUUAUAAACAUGGAGUGGGGUAAUUUUCGCUCGUCACAUCUUCCACUUACAGUGUACGAUUACGCUCUCGAUGCUGAGAGUUUGAAUCCUGGAGAUCAGAUUUUCGAGAAGUUGAUUUCUGGCAUGUAUCUUGGAGAAAUUGUGCGUAUAGUUUUAUGCACGAUGGCUGAAAAGGCAUCCUUUUUCGGUGAUACAAUCCCGCCCAAACUCAAUAUCCCAUUCAUACUGAGGACCCCCGACAUGUCGGCUAUGCACCACGACACCUCUCCCGAUCUCAAGGUUGUCGGGAGCAAACUGAAGGACAUCCUAGAGGUACCCAACUCCUGCCUGACAAUGAGGAAAAUCGUCGUGGCGAUAUGUGACAUCGUCGCCACGCGCGGGGCCCGCCUCUCCGCGGCCGGCAUCGUGGGCAUCCUCACGAAGCUGGAGAGGGACGCCCCGAAAGAGGGAGAGAAGCAGCAGAGGUCGGUCAUAGCUUUGGACGGCGGACUGUUCGAGCACUACACCAAAUUCAGGGAGUGCAUGAAGGCCACGCUCGACGAGCUGCUGGGAGAGGUCUCGGACAGCGUCGUGAUCGAGCUUUCGAACGACGGGUCGGGGAUCGGAGCCGCCCUCCUGGCGGCCUCCCAUUCGCAGUACCUCGAAGUCGAAGAAGAAUCUUGAAGGUGUACAAUUUCUGGUUAGUUUUUGUAGUAUUUGUGGGAACUAUGUAUGCCUAUAUACUUGGAUGCCUUUGAAAGGAAGACACAGGCAGCGGUGGAAUGGAAGGAGAUGAAUAAAUUGAGGGAUUUACAAAUAUUUGAUCAUUUUUAGGCCUAAGUUAUAAUAAUUAAUGAGAAACUGAUUUUCAUUGUUA